GUGUUUCGUUUUAACGUAAUUCUAUCAGUUCCGUUGCACGAUUUGCAAUUUCGCUUCGAGAACUUCAAUUUCGCUUGUUCCGCCCACCGAGCUGCGGUGGCGCCGGUGGCGGCAAACGCCGAAAUUAGAAAACGGCGCGAGUUGUGUGCCGCCUGCCGCGCGCUGCACUCUGAGGUCUACCCUGAGUUCCAGGUUGGGCAUAGCGGAAGAGAAGACUUGAAUGGACUUGCUGAGCGCGGCCAAGCACGUGUGAGGGAAAUGGAUGUAGCUGGUGGCAACUUCGACACACGACUUUCUUCAUUGACGUUUCCUAACAUGCUCAACAAUAUUUCUGGAUCACUCUGGUCGACGAACUUCAAUUACACAGUGACGUCUGAUAGCGAAAACAACACGCACAGUAACUACUCUUCAGGCGAAUCGGACAACAAUAAUCUCAGCCGGCAGGCGUACGAGUUCCUGCCACAGCCACAGCUCCAGCCCCAGCCCCAGCCUCAGCCACAGCCGCCCCCGCAACCCUUUCCCCUGCACUCUUUCUUCUCUGUGCACUGGGACCGCGACAUGAACAGUCAACAACAAAGAGACAGAGAAGAAAUUCGAAACUUCAUUCAGGAGGUUGCUCCUUAUGAACCAGACAUGACUUCAUGUGUAGGAAAUGGGUCCAUCAUUAACAAUGGAAGGAUUGAAAAAUUUCUAACCAAUAUGCUGCAGAGUACAAGCCUUGGUGGACCACUUGAAGGGCCCCACAAAGUGUCUCCUAAGAACUGUACUACUUGUGGUUUCAAAGGAGGUGCUUGGAAAUGUCAAGAUUGUUUAGAGAUUUUGUGCAAACGGUGUGCAUUUGUUCACAACAGCUCAUUUACAACUAAAGGUCAUUUUGUUCUGUCAAUACCUGAUGAACCUCCUAAUAUUGUCUUACCAAUUCCAAACUUUCCAUCCACCAGUUCGACCCCAAAUUCACUCAAUCUAUCACCAAUGAGCCCACUACUAUGCGAUCUGCAUCAUUCUGAAAUGAGUAUGUACUGUGAUACUUGCUGCAAACCAGUAUGCAAAGAAUGUGCCCAAAGGACCCAUAGAUUGCAUCAAAUGAAAUACUUGCAGGGUGCUUUAGAUGAAACUUCUAAGAGAAGUAAUGGAUUGCUAAAGGAAGCAAAAAAUGGUCUUCUUACAAUGGAGAAAGGAAUGAAGAACGUUACUGAAAUGUCAAAGAAAGUGGAGCAGAAAUUUUUAGAAGUGCAGAAAGAUUUGACUGGGACUGUGAGAAGAUAUAUCAUGGCAAUUGAGGAACGAGAAAGAUACUUGAUGGGUCAGCUCGAAAGAAUUAGACAGUUGAAAGGAAAAUCUUUAAUGACACAACUGGAGAACUUACAAAAACUAGCAAUUAGACUUCACAGUUGUAUUGAACUAUUGACCAAAGAAGUUGACAAAGGGUCUGCAAUUGGCUUACCUCAAAUUUUAGACAAAGUGGCUGCUGAACUUCAUCAAAUUCGAUCUCUAAACAUGAGUAUAUUGCCAUACGAGGAUGAUAUGUUCUCAUUUGUUCCUCCUGAUCAGGUUGUUUAUAGAGCUAUACUCUCCUUUGGCAGUAUUAAAAGUUCUGGGAGUGCAAUUGAAACAGAAGUUAGAGGUAGAAUUCCACGAACUGCACCUGUGGGCAAAAUGUCUGCAUUUGUUGUAUCUGUGCAUAACCAUUUAAAGGAGCCACAUUGUUAUGGGCAAGGAGGAUUGACUGCAGUAAUGGUGCAACCAGACGGAGCAGUUACUUCACCAGACAUUAUAGAUCAAGGAGAUGCCUUGUACAAGAUCUCUUUCUGCCCUCAAAUUGAGGGAGAACAUGCUCUACAUGUGCGCUUUAGAGGAAAAAGCAUUCCACACAGCCCUUUUAAAAUCAAAGUUCGCACUUGCCGAAAUUACACAAACCUAGGAAAACCUUUAUUAUGUUUUGGUAGUGAAGGUGAAGGAGAUGGAAUGUUGUGCCGCCCUUGGGGUGUGUGUUGCAAUAAAGAAGGGCAAUUGAUUGUUGCUGAUCGAAGUAACAACAGAAUUCAGGUUUUUGAUUCUAAUGGGAAGUUUGUUUUCAAAUUUGGUUCUCAGGGUUCAAGCCCUGGUCAAUUUGAUCGUCCAGCUGGUGUUGCUGCUGACAAGGAUUCUAAUAUUAUUGUUGCUGAUAAGGACAACCACAGAAUUCAAAUAUUUACAAAAUGUGGAAAAUUAUUGCACAUGUUUGGAGAAAAAGGCCCUAAACCAGGUCAGUUCAAUUAUCCUUGGGAUGUAGCAGUUAAUGGCGAUGGUGACAUUAUUGUAUCAGAUACUCGAAACCAUCGCAUACAGAUGUUCAGAGCUGAUGGAUCAUUUGUGUCGAAGUAUGGUUUUGAAGGUUCAUCAAACAUGUGGAAACACUUUGAUUCUCCUAGAGGUGUCGCUUUCACCCCUGAGGGCCAAAUAAUUGUCACAGACUUCAAUAAUCAUCGUCUUGUCAUCAUAGAAUCAAAUUUUAGCAACGCAAGAUUUCUGGGUAGUGAAGGUGCUGGUCCCAAACAGUUCUUGAGGCCUCAAGGAGUAGUAGUUGAUGAUGAUGGAUAUAUCAUUGUGGCAGAUUCAAGAAAUCAUCGUAUCCAAAUAUUUGAUAUUGAUGGAAGUGUUGUCUCACAUUUUGGAACUUCCGGAAAGAACAUAGGAGAACUGGAUCGGCCUAGUGGAAUAUGUGUUACUGCAGAUGGAAAAAUUGUUGUUGUUGACUUCGGAAAUAACCGUAUUCAAGUCUUUUAAACAACAUAAAUGGCCUUCACAAUUGAUUACUACAAUUUGAAAUUUAAUUUUUAAUCAGAAAGUUAUUCUCAUGAAUCAAGAAUUCUAAAUUAUACAUACGUGAAGAAUGUAGCCCUAUCAGUUUAGUACACUGAUGAAUCAUGCUUUUGAGUUUGUAUAUGACCCAAUGUUUUUUAAUUUUUGUUAUAUUCAGUAGUUUUGUUAAACAUUUGUUAAGAUGCUGACUGCAACCUCAGGGAUGUCAAAUUUAUUUUUAUUGUUUUUUCCCUAUUUCAGACGACUUUAAGUUGUCAUGAUGAAAUGGGGAUUCAUUUGCCAAUGUGUGUUGGCUUUACAGAAUUUAUACAAUGUAAAUAACAAAUUUCUUAAUUUGUAGUAAUUUCAGGGAAAGAAUAUUCUAAUGCUGUGGUAUGAAUCCUUUGAGACAUGAGAAAACUUCCAAAAGAUAAAAGGGUAUUCACUAUUUUUUUUAAUUGUUAAUGUUACGUCCAAAACUACAAAUGACAUCUAUGAUAUAGAUAAGAAAAAUGCAGUAUUUUGCAAUUUGAUGUCGAAUCUUUAUAGGACUGAUUGACAAUUCCCUUCCAUUGCUUUGAAGAGAGAUUUACUCGGCUACACAUGCUGUCCUCUUGUUGAAAUGUGGUAUUGGGAUAUGAUCCUAAAGUGUUAUACUUGAGUUUUAAAUAGUAUGUCAAUAUGAAAUGUGACUUCACAAUGCCAUGAGAAACCAAUGAACAUUUUUAAAAAGAGAAAACCUAAAUAAAAUCUGUUAAUGUGAAAAGACAUGUUUUCAAAUUUGAAAUUAAGUUUGACUUGUAUCAUAUAAACGUUUUGGAGUUGACAUUUGCAUACACGUUUGCUAGCAAUUAUUUUUUCCUAUCAUCGUAAAAUUUAUAACAAGCAACUUCAAAUAAAAUCAAUGUAAUUAGAAUGCAUGUCAAAUAUAUUGUAAAUAUGUUGACUACUUUGCAAUUGCCACUGGGAGGCAGUGUUGCUACAUUGCUGAGUACCAAAGAGGAGAAAAAGGAAUAUUUUUUUAGAAUGCAUAGCAGACUGUUACAACAUAAACCUACAGGUUACAAAUAUUUAAGCAAUCACAAAAACGUGGUUUUAUUUUGUGAAGGUAUGAAUAUACCAUUAAAACAAAAGAUGCAAUUUUAAUAUUUGUCCAUGACUGGACAGAAGUACUUAAAUGUAAAGUAGUGUUUUUGUGAAUUUUUUCAAUUUUAAUGGUCAACAUCCAUAAAUCAGUGAUUUUUCUGCCAGUAAGUAUUUUCUUGAUAAAAUGAAUUGUUAUGAACAAAGUGAGGAGAAUCAUGGCUAAUAAUUUUGCUGCAUGACAUGAUACAACCAAAAGAUGGCCUGUGAACACUAGGCAUUUUGUAGCACCCCACAUACUAAGAUAAAUAUUGUGGGGAGACUUUAAUAUUCAUUAAGUGCAAAAAAAUACAAACAAACAUGUACACACCAAUUUCACGUUCUUAUUUAAUUCUACUAUUAUUAAAAUUGAAAUGGAUAAAUAAGUCUUGAAAUGUGGUAUUGUGCAUCUUUUAAUAAUAAUUAGAUUUUAAAGUUCUAGCUAUUUAUGUAACUACUGGUGAAAACAAUUAUUACAAUGGGCAUUAUUGCUGGAAGCGAAGCAGUGUGGUAGAAGGGAGACGUAGAUGUGAUAGGGAUACAUGUGCCCCAAAAGUGAAGUUAAUGUAUAGAAAAAUUUAUAUAUAUAUGGAAAGACUUUUAAGUGCUUUAAUGGUACAGAUAAUUUACUGUACCAUUCUCAUGGGCAUUUCUCAAAAAGAGAUAAUUUUAUUGUUGAUUUAAAAUCUUGCUUGAGAUUUCCUUCGUGCAUGAAGUGAAAUAAAAUGUUCAUGUAACUUCCUACAGUAUGAUUUUGAUUUAAAGUGUGGUGCAUUUUUGUAAUUGUUGGAUGUAUAGAGGAAAUGGCAAUUACAAUAUUAUUGCUAAAGUGAAAAUAUAUUACAGAGAGUGUUAUUGACACAUUUUAACCUUGUAACUUCUUUUAUUGACUUUUCUACCAUAGGUGGAAAUAUUUAUGUUCCUGAGAUGUUAUAAAGACUGAAUUUCUAACAGUACAAAGUCACAUAAGAAGGAUGCAAUUUUGAUUGCUUUCAUUGUGCCUAAUUAUGGAAGGCACGAUGGGUAUAUACUACAGUUUUGUGCAUAUGUACCUGUGCUACACCUUCAAAGACUGAUUAUUACAGGCUGUGUAAUAUCAUUGUGCUACCUAUUCUAGUGUUGGGAUCAAUGUAUUUUCAAAUGGACAUUGUAGGUACUGAAAUUAUUUCACCUACUGUUCUAUUGUAACUAGCCAGGUAUCUUACUUGGUAGUAUGCAUUAAAGUUCAUACUAUUUCAUUUGUGUAUGUUAGUGCAAGCCCAUUUUCAUACUUGUGUAGCACUGCUCUGAAAUGCACAGAAACCCAUAAAGAAUCUAGUUCAAACUGAACAACCUUAAAUGGCCAGAAAUUCAGGUGAGGGUUCCUUCUCGUUGAAGCGGGAUAAAAAAUCAGAUUGAAAUGUUAAUCAGCAGGUAUUAUAACUUCCAAAAAUGUAUACGAUUUGUUUGCCUGAUUCUGUGUAGUGGUGCCUGUUGUCGAAUAACAUUCUAGUUAAGCUAUGAAAUUUUCUGUACCAGCUUUGACCGAACUUUGACAAUUUUCUUGCUCAGUCAAAUUAUUCCCAUAUCUAGAAUACUUUGUACAUUUAAAUAUUCUGUGGGAGACUGAAGUUCCUAUUUUACUACUUUAAGGUGUAAUGUUAUAGAAAAUUUUAAGAUUUUUUGUUUCAAAGUAAUAUUUAAUUUAUAUUAUGUUUUGAAUAUUUUAUUUGUUCUUUUCCAUUCUAGAUAAAAUUCUUUCUACUGAAUGUAUUCAUUGUAAUCUAGUUCAUAUGACAAACGCCUUCCUCGGUGUGUUUAUUAAAUAUUUGUGAAAGAAUUUAUAUCACUUAUUUCUCCAGUAGUUUUUAGGUGACUGGAUUGAAGCAGGUUUUAAUUUAUCACAAUUCAGCAGUAUGUAAUUCAGUGCUAAAUAAGAAUGAGGUUUAAAAUUUUGUUGAAAUUAGCAGUACUAAAGUACAGCUCUACAAUCAGAAGCCAGCUUUUUUAUUAUUAAGAAAUGUGUAAUGUUCCUUUGAUCAUACCUAAGUUUAUGUAUAGACAUUAAAGUAAACUUGGAGUGGCACAUAUAUUGCUACGCUACGUUAUUAUAUUACUUAUUGUGCAUGUCUGGUUGUAUACCGUUUGUUGGGCAUAAUUCCACAACAUGAGAAGGUCAAACCCUCCAUCCAGACAAUUGUACAGUGUAACUGGAAUGCACAACCUUGUAACGGUAGCUGAUGUGAUAUCUUGUACAAAUUGACUUGCAUGGGAUAGUAUUUAUUUGAAUGAAAUUGAAAUUGAAUUGGUUAACUGUUUGACUUAACACAAAUGGAUGUUGCAGUGUUAAUUCAUAGGUGCUGUCUGCAACUUCAUUUGUACCUAUUGUGUGAAAACAUUUGCACAUUUUUGUAUCUGGUCUUCUGUAAAGUGUUUUCCAAAAUUUAUAUAAUGACUUUAUGAACAUACUUUUAGGGAAUGAUGUUACCCCUAGUCUGAGGGAUUCAAUAUUAGUUUGAGUAAUUAGAGUAUUGCUGCUAAUGCAGAUGUAUGCCUAAAUUGUUUAUGUACCUAUGUCAUCUACUAAAGGCAAUAAGAUUAUAAUAAUGUAAUUUCAGUUUCUCAAUUUGUGUACGUUGUCCAUUGUUAUGUGGGGAUUUGAGAAAUGUAAUAAAUUUUUUGGAUAAGU